AUGGCGGCACGCGAUCACGACACAGACGAGAAGCUCUACCCGCCCGAUACUGGCGACAACAACCUGGAGCGCAAGGAUGACAAGGAGAACACCUCCGGCGGCGCCUCGACCGCUGCCGCCUCCAAGGCGAAGCGCACUCCGUUCUGGAAGAAGACCAAGAAGGACGACGGCAGCGAUGAUCGCGACGCUGACGGCGAGAAGAAGAAGAUCGAGGCGGCCGUCAAGCCUGUCCCACUAUGGCGCAUGUUCCGGUUCGCGACGCCGUUCGAGCUGUUCCUGAAUGCCGUCGGCAUCGUGCUCGCCAUCGCUGUCGGCGCCGCGCAACCCCUCAUGACGCUGAUCUUUGGCAAGCUCACCGUCUCGUUCACGGACUUUGGCUCGAUCGCGGACGAGAUCGGGCGCACGGGCACGACGCCCGAGCUGCUUGCGCGCCUGGACGACGCGAAGCGCAAGCUCAAGCACGACGCGGGUAUGAAUGCUGUCUGGCUGGUUGUCAUUGGCCUCGGCAUCUUCGUGUGCAACUACACCUACAUGCUGAUCUGGAACUACACGGCCGAGAAGCAGGGCAAGCGCGUGCGUGCCGAGUAUCUCGCGGCUGUGCUCAGGCAGGAGGUCGCGUACUUUGACGAUGUGGGGAGUGGAGAGAUUGCAGCCCGUAUCCAGAGCGACUGCCACCUCGUCCAGGUCGGUAUUGGCGAAAAGGUCCCCAUCGGCGUGCAGUACAUCUCGACGUUUGUCGCCGGUUUCGUCAUUGCGUACGCGCGCUCGCCCCGCCUCGCUGGCGUGCUUACUGCCAUCUUCCCCCCGAUCCUCAUCUCUGGCGGAAUCAUGGACUGGGCACUCGCACACUACACGACCAAGUCGCUCGGUGUGGUGAGCAAGUCGUCGACGCUGGCCGAAGAGGUCUUCUCGAGCAUCCGCACCGUGCACGCGUUCUGCACGCAGACCCGCCUGGGCUCCAAGUUUGAUGCACUCAUCGCUCAAUCGCGCAAGAACGGAAUCAAGAACAGCUUUUUCGACGGCGGCGCGCUCGCCUUCAUGUUCUUCUCCGUCUUCGUUUCUUACGCCCUCGCGUUCUUCUACGGCGGCAUCCUCCUCGUGCAGGGCAAGGCCGACGUCGGCAUCAUCAUCAAUGUGUUGUUCUCGAUCAUCAUCGGCUCCUUCUCGCUGUCCAUGAUCACGCCAGUCCUCCAGGCCAUGGCGCGCGGCAAGGCAGCUGCGGCCAAGGUGUUUGAGGCCGUUGACAGGCCGUCCCUCAUCGACUCGGAGGCCGACAGCGGCGACAAGCCCGAGACCGUCAUUGGCGAGUUCCAGCUCUCAAACGUUGGCUUCCACUACCCCUCUCGCCCGUCUGUGCAGGUGCUCAAGAACUUCUCUGCGACAUUCCCGCCCGGCAAGACAGUGGCCCUCGUCGGCUCCAGUGGCAGCGGCAAGAGUACGAUCGUGCAGCUGCUCGAGCGAUUCUACGACCCCGCAUCGGGCACCGUUUCGCUCGAUGGACGCGACCUGCGUUCCCUUAACGUGCGCUGGCUCAGGCAGCAGAUUGGCUACGUGUCGCAGGAACCUACCCUGUUUGCGACAAGUGUCCGGGAGAACGUCGAGUUUGGCCUGAUCGGAUCGCCCUACGAGAACGCAAGCGACGAGGAGCGCCUCACCCUUGUCAAGGAGGCGUGCAAGCAAGCCAACGCGGACGGGUUCAUCAACACCCUCCCUCUCGGGUACGACACCAAUGUCGGCGAGCGCGGCAUGCUAUUGUCCGGCGGGCAGAAGCAGCGAGUCGCCAUUGCUCGCGCCAUCGUGUCCAACCCUCGUAUCCUGCUGCUCGACGAGGCGACCAGCGCUCUUGACGGCGUGUCCGAGCGCGUUGUGCAGCGCGCCCUCGACUCCGCAGCCCAGGGCCGCACGACGGUGGUUAUCGCCCACCGCCUUGCGACGAUCAAGGACGCGGACCAGAUCCUCGUCAUGGCGCAUGGCGAGAUUGUGGAGGCUGGCACGCACUCUGAGCUUCUCGACCGGGAGGGUGUCUACGCCACGCUGGUGCAGAACCAGAAGCUGGCCGAGAGCGAGGCAGCGCAGAAUGCGCCCGACGAGGAGGAGGAUGACGACGUCGUCGUCAUCAAGGAGGCGGAGGACCGACCCGAGCUCGAACGCCAGAAGUCGCGUCUCUCCAUCAGCGACGAGGAGGGCACGCCGAGCCGCCAGGCGUUCUUCCGUCUUGCCCGCCGUGUGCUCGCGCUCGGCAAGAACGAGCGAUGGUGGUACAUCACGGGCUUCUUUGGUGCGGUCUGCUGCGGCAUGGUCUUCCCCGCCAUCGAGAUUAUCUUCGGCAAGGCGGUCGAAAAGUUCCAGCUCCCCGACCCGCAUCAGGUCCAGCAUGAGCUGAACCGGCUCGCUUUGUGGUACUUUGUCACCGCGCUCAUUGCUGGUGUCUGCACCUUCUUCCAGUAUGCUCCCUUCUCGUCUCUCGGCUGGAACAUCAGUUCCCGCAUCCGCGAGCUCACCUUUGCCGCGCUCAUGCGCCACGACAUUGCGUGGUUCGAUUCCCAGAAUGUGGGCUCGCUCACUGGCGCGCUCGCCGACGACCCGCAAAAGAUCCAGGGCCUGUUCGGCAUGACCCUCGGCCAGAUCACGCAGUCGGUCACGACCGUCAUUGGCGGUGCAAUCAUUGGUCUCGCGUACGCGCCCCUCCUUGCACUGAUCGGUAUUGCUUGUCUCCCCCUCAUUAUCGGGUCGGGAUACAUCCGCCUCAGGGUUGUUGAGCAAAAGGACCAGCGGACGAAAAAGUGGCAUGCGGCCUCAGCGCAGCAGGCGACCGAGGCUGCUUCGAACGUGCGCGUCGUGGCCUCUCUCACUCGCCAGGCGGCUAUUCUCCGCGACUACGAGCGCGCCCUUGAGGGCCCCUACCAGCUCUCGAUCCGCACGGCAUGGGGCGCGCAGGCGCUCUACUCGGGCUCGCAGGCUAUGAGCUACUUCGUCAUCGCCCUUGUGUUCUACGUCGGCGCACUCUGGCUCGCGGACGGGCGAUACGGCACUGCGGCGUUCUUCACGACGCUUGCUGCGACCGUGUUCUGCGCCAUCCAGGCCGGCGACAUGUUCCAGUACGUCCCCGACGCGUCCAAGGCGGCCGGAAGCGCGGCCAACGUCUUCGCCAUCCUCGACGACCGACCGCACAUCGACGCGCUGGAUAGUGGUGGCGCACAGCCCCCCGAACCCCCUCGUCCCGGACACGUCUCCCUGCACAACGUCAAGUUCCGCUACCCGACCCGUCGCGAUGUGCCCGUGCUCGAGGACCUGAGCAUCGACGCCAAGCCGGGGCAAUAUGUCGCCCUUGUCGGCCCCAGUGGCUGUGGCAAGAGUACGGCGAUCCAGCUGCUGGAGCGGUUCUACGACCCACUCUCGGGCAGUGUCCAGCUCGACGGCGCCGACAUUCGCUCCCUCAACGUCGCCGCUUACCGGUCCCAAAUCGCCCUCGUGUCGCAGGAACCGACGCUUUACGCGGGCAGCAUCAGGUUCAACAUUCUGCUCGGCUCGCCGACGCCGCAGGACGUGACGGAGGAGCAAUUGCGACGAGCCUGCUCUGACGCGCACAUUCUCGAGUUCAUCGAGGGCCUGCCUGACGGCUUCGACACGGAUGUGGGCGGCAAGGGCGCACAGCUCUCCGGCGGGCAGAAGCAGCGUAUCGCGAUCGCGCGUGCGCUCAUUCGCAACCCCCGCAUUCUGCUGCUGGACGAGGCGACCGCGGCGCUCGACUCGGCGUCGGAGCGCGCUGUCCAGGCCGCCCUCGACAAUGCGCGCGAAGGGCGCACCGUCAUUGCCAUUGCGCACCGUCUGAGCACGAUCCAGAACGCAGACUGCAUUUACUACCUUGACAAGGGAAGGGUUGCGGAGCAGGGUACCCACGACGAGCUCAUUGCCAGGAAGGGCAAGUAUGCCGAGCUCGUCCAGAUUCAGAGCUUGACGCAGAGCGCGCUGUAA